CGGCGGUUGGUGAGUUCAGGAGAGACAGAGAGGGGAGGCACAAUGGCAGUUGAGAGGUAGAGGAGGACGUUCAUCGAUGUUACUCUCUCUGGGCCAAAUAAAAGUCGCCGUUGGUUUUUCCAGAUAAACCAGCCACACCUGAGUUUCUUUAAAAAAUAAAAAAUAAAAAAAAAAGGAUCAGCAAAGGGGCGGUGGGGGUAAAAAAAGGAGAAAGAUUUGGAAUAAACGAUGUUAAGUCAACGGCUCACCUCCGUGGUCAGGUGAUUUUGCCAUGGCUACCUAGAGCACCAGUGGUUCAGAAAGUGGCAUGGCCCCAGCCCUGACCAAAAUCCUGAAAGACGGCCAUGGCGUCCACCUGUCCUCGCCUCCUGCCGUCGUCACAGUGGACUCAGAUGGGAGAGCCGUGUGCGAUACCGAUCUGGAGUCUCAGAUGAGAUCGACGGAUGACGCUGACCUCCAGAAGAUGUGGCUGAACCUCUCCUUGUUUCCCUCUCUGGACUCCUGUCUCCCCGCGAGCCCGCUGGACGUCCCUGCCAACGCUGUGCUCUCCCCGUGUGUGCAGGCGUCCUCCAGCCAGUGUGAGACGGUGCUGCUCCCCAGCCCUGCCUCCCUCCUCAGCCUCCUCUCCUUCAGUAAAGGCCUGAUAGAUUCUCAUCAGGUGGCCUCCGUCUUCCCAGGUGUACCAGACAUGUUUUUAGUCCCUGUCCCUGAGCACAAUAGCCAGGAGGCGUGUCUGCUGCAUGGACACAGUGCUGCUCCUGAAUGUGGGCCAGAUGGCGGUGAUGUGCAUCGCUCCCCUCUUAGCCUCACCAUUGUUCCUCCUCCUUAUUCCCACGGGGAGGGAAAGUAUCAGGGCUACACUCCCUUCCUUGCAUCCCCACAUACGUUGACCCAGGAGAAGGUGACUGAAAUGCGCUGCCCCCCUCCGUCUCCAAUGCAUCCCAGCAUUGGCAGGGUGAACCAUGACCAGCUGGCGCCCAGAGCUGUGCUGGAGGAGGCUGUGAAGGAGCAGCUCUCCAGGCAGGCAGGGCUGCACGGCCGAGCCCAGAGGCUGCAGAGGAGACUGCAAGCCCUGCUAGGAGAGCACGCUUCGCUACACUGCAGCCAACAGCUGGAGGGGCUGAAAAGGCACUGUCAACUGGGAAGUGUGUCUCUCGACAGCCUGGACUCCGUACAUCCUGGUUUACUACCUCCAGAAGCGGGCUGUAAACCCCAUUCGUCCUGGCUGGAGUCAUCCACAGCCUCGUUUUCCUUCGCAGAGCUGAGAGAGUUCAGCUGCUCUGGCCAGGCGGUGCUGAGAGGCCUGCAGGAGGCUUUGGACUCUGAGGCCACGGCCAGUAGCAGCUCAGAUGAGGAGCGAGAGGACUUCAGGAAGAUCCACGGCAAAGUCCAGACUCCCCCUGUUGGCAGCUGUGAGGGGCGGUGGUUGGAGGAGAGAGCGGAGCUGGGCAGCAGAUGGAGCUGGUUGCAGCUGCGUCUGGCCGAGCUGGAGGGGAGGACACAACAACUGGUGGAGCUCCACAAGCACAUCCGCUCUACCAAGGGUGGUGUGGUACUUGCAGAGUCCCAGCCACUGACGGACAGACAGAUUCAGCAUACCCUGCUGAGAGAGAUGGCGGGGUUAUCCUGCACGGCCUCGGAUGCUGACAAUGAACCCUGCAGCCCCACGCGGCUCCUGCAUAACAUAGAGAGACAGAGUGCUCAGCUCAGCCAGAUUGUCAACAGUCUGAUGCCUCCUCUCAGCUUCUCGCCGCUAUCAAAACAACCACACAACUGCAGGGGCAAGAGAGCCUUCACAAGCAGUCAGAAAGGAGACGCUGUUUUCAUGCCCGGGAGCUCUAAGAGAAGGAGACUGGGGACCAGGAGCCUCUUUAAAGCGGAUUUGUCAUGCGUGUGUGCCCGGACCCGACCCCUGGUCACCUACCACAAGCCCAGACUGUUCGCUUUCAGCACCUACAUCCCCAGCAGGACAAAGGACUCGGGGAAGUCCACGUCUACCCUCUCCUCCUCUCUCUCGUCACCUUCCUGUUCACGUUGUUCAUCUUGUGAUCCUGUAGUACUGUGCUCUGAUCCUAACUGCAGCUUCAGUAGGGCCCUAACGUCCAGGGCCCCCAGCUUGUCUCUCUCAGUUGACACUCCUCUGUCCCACCACCUAAAGAAAACCCUGGCCAGAGAAGAAUGGUCCCAGAGGCCUCUGGUUGUCAAUGUCCAACCAUCCAGAGCAGCGCACUACAAUAGACGCAGCUCCACACCACUGCACAACAGUCACAAACACAAGCAGCAUGUAAGACAUAAUAAAAGCCGAGUUAUGGGUCUGUCACCAAUCGGGACAGUAGGGUCUGCUCAGAGUCAACACAGGAGAGCCAAUCAGAGAAAAAGGAAGAGAAGACACAUCCACAGGCUGAGAGAAGAUGAGGAAGAUGUUCUGUACCAGUUCUGUGACACUGAGGACAGUUCAGAAGAAGUGCUGGAGGAGAGCUUUACACAGGUUUCACGCAAGCAGACCUCUCAGCGCUAUGUUCGCAAACGCCAGGGAGAGAGUGUGUACAACAUCAACAACAUCGUCAUCCCCAUGUCAGUGGCUAAAGUGGAAAAGCUGCAGUACAAAGACAUCCUGACACCCAGUUGGCGGGUAGUUGACACCCCGUCUCUGAUAAACAGGGAGGCAGAGAAGGAGGAGGACAAUGAGGAAGGACAGGUGGAGGAUCUCAUUGAUGAAGUCUUUGCCCAGAGACACCUGGCCUUAGAGCAGAGAGAGAAAUUGCGCUGGUCAUCCUGGGGAAAGAGAAAAUGCUGCUCGCGUCCUAAAAGGAUGAACAGCAAAGCUCAGAGGAGUGGCUGCCUCAGACACCCUGGGAGCCACGAGCGUUUCCUUUGGAUGAGAAUGAAGAAGCCCUGCUCUCUUAUAACCUAGAAGAGGUCCCAUCAGGGUGGUCAGAGUGGAGUUCUGCCAGCUUCACGUCGAAGAACUCCAACUCCCAUCUCUCCCCAGCUCGGUCCUCUGGUGCUACGCUGCCAUCUGGUGGACAAAGCAAGAGCAGAACACCUGAUGGAAGCUGAGAGAGCAGUGCCUUACUUUUUUACAUAUCACCUCACGCACGUCUGGGACCAUGAGGAGAAAAUGUACCCUGGGAAACUUUAUUUGGGAUACUUUAUACAUUCCACGAGUACAGUGAUGUUAUUUGCUCAAUACUUUGAAGCAAAUGUGUUUAUUUAGUUGGUAUUCUAACAUGUGUCACAAUAGUUUGAACUUACUACUGUAGCUUUUUUCUAUACCUUCAGGUUUUAAUGUACAAGAGGUACUGUAUGUAAAGAAAUAUGUACCAGCACAGCCCCACUGUAGUCUCAGGUUUGUAUACUGUUUGUAGUUGUCACAUGCUAUUUAUUUUCACUGUUGUCUUAAAAAGUCUGUAUAGAAAGACUUUAGUACAUGCAUAUAUUUAUGUAAGUUUACCUGAUUUUCACGUGUUCUCUUUCUGUUGAUGCUGUCAUUUGGUUUGUAUUUUUUAUGAAGAAAGAAAAAAUAUUAGUAAACAUUAACAUUAGUAAACAUGC